AUGCCGGGCCUUGACCCCUCCAUAGUGCAGCAUCACCUGCCCAUUUUACCACAUGCUAGGCCCGUUAAGCAGAAAUUGAGGAGACUACACCCUCGAUGGAGUUUGCAGGUUAAGGAAGAAAUUCGAAAGCAACUCAGUGUUGGCUUCUUGUCAGUGGUUGAGUAUCCUGAGUGGCUGGCUAAUGUCGUCCCUGAUCCCAAAAAGGACGACAAGCCUACCUUCCGCCUUCUGAGGAAGAAUCAGCCUACAAUUUGGAGUGAUGAUUUUCAGCGCGCUUUUGAGAGGAUUAAGGAGUGUCUCCUUUCUCCUCCGGGGCGUCCUUUACUUUUGUACUUAUCAGUUUCAGACAUGACCUUAGGAUGCAUGUUAGCUCAGCUUGAUGAUUUGGGGAAGGAGCGUGCCAUCUAUUAUUUGAGUAAGAGGAUGCUUGAGUAUGAGUGCAAGUACAUUAUGAUUGAGCGCCUUUGCUUGGCAUUGGUUUGGGCCACUAGGAGACUUAGACAUUACAUGACGGAGUAUUCCGUGCUCUUGGUCUCACGAUUGGACCCGUUGAGGUAUCUAUUUGACAAGCCUAUUCUGAUCGGUAGGCUCAUGAGAUGGCUGGUAUUGUUGACAGAGUUUGAUAUUCAUUAUGUCACACAGAAGUCAGUAAAAGGAAGCAUUGUUGCAGAUCAUCUAGCUUCUUUACCGAUAUCCGAUGACAGAUCGGUUGAUGAUGAUUUCCCUGAUGAGCAGAUUGUUUCAAUGACUAGUAUUACGGGAUGGUGGUUGUACUUUGAUGGUGCCGCCAAUCAGUCAGGAUCAGUCCGAUUAGCAUUUUCCAAUCAUCACCGGUUGACGAAUAAUAUUGUGGAGUAUGAGGCUUGCAUUACAGGUUUGGAGAUUGCACUUGAUCUUGGCAUUAGACAGUUGGAGAUCCACGGGGAUUCCAAUUUGGUUAUACAGCAAACUCAGGGUAUCUGGAGCACUCGGGAUGAGAAGCUAAAACCCUACCAUGCUUAUUUGGACCUGUUGAUUGAUGGAUUUGAUGCGUUAAGGUAUAUACAUCUGCCCAAGGCGGAGAAUCAGUUUGUCGAUGCAUUAGCCACUUUGGCUUCUAUGAUUGUGAUCUCCGCGGGGGUGACUGUUAGGCCAUUACUGAUUGAAAUAAGGUCUACACCAGCUUACUAUUGUCUGAUUGGAGAGAUAGAGGAUCAGAUUGAGUUGCCAUGGUAUCACAAUAUUUAUCAGUUUCCGUCAUGCGACACUUACCCAGAGUCAACCUCGGCCAAGGAUAGGAGAGCAUUGAGACAGUUGGCCACCAGAUUUGUUAUUUGCGGGGAUGCACUAUAUAGGAGAUCACCUGAUGGCCUGUUAUUAUUAUGUCUAGACCGUACAUCUGCAGAUCAAGUGAUAAGAGAGGUUCAUGCAGGGGUCUGUGGCCCACACAUGGGAGGUCAUAUGCUAGCGCUAUGGGGUGUUGAUAUUAUUGGCAAGAUCUCGCCCAAGUCCUCUAGUGGUCAUGAGUACAUCUUAGUAGCCAUUGACUAUUUCACCAAGUGGGUGGAAGCUGCUUCCUAUGCUAGAUUGACAGCGGCCAGGGUGGCUAAAUUCAUCAGAUCUCACAUUAUCUGCCGAUACGGGGUCCCUCACGAGCUGUUUUCUGAUAGAAGGGUGCAUUUCAGGGGCAAGGUGGACACGUUGAUUCAGGAGUAUGGCAUUCAGCAUCACAGAUCGUCUGCGUAUAGGUCACAAACUAACGGGGUAGUUGAGGCCGCAAAUAAGAAUGUCAAGAGGAUUUUGAGAAAGAUGGUCGAGACUUCUCGGGAUUGGUCAGAAAAGCUCCCUUUCGCAUUGUGGGCUUAUCGUACAUCUUUUCUUACCUCUACUGGAGCUACCCCAUAUUCUUUGGUGUAUGGUAUGGAGGGAGUGUUACCUAUUGAGAUUGAGAUGAGAUCUUUAAGAGUAGCACUAGAGCAACAUGUAUCCGAGGCUGAGUGGGUCUAG